CCGCCUGUUCCUAUACCAGCUUAUUAUGUUUGGUCUACUGAUAUCGUAUUUGGAUAUCACAUACGCAUUCUUCUGCAGACCAUUCAUAUCGGCUGACACGUCUAUAAUUCGACCAGUUCCAGUCAUUAUGCAUCACAAUCUCAUAAAUAACAUUCAUAAUGGUAAAUUCCUCCACUAUGUUUGUUUACCGCCUCAGGUGAUACAAGAGGGGGCUUCUUCUGUGCCCUCUAUACCUACUUCAACUACAUCAACAACAUCAAUUGAUCAGGAGACAGCUUCACUGCAAGAGCAAGCAUCAUCAUUAGCAGCAACAUCAGCAACACUGGUAGACGAGUAUCAUGAAACAUCAACACCCUCGAUUUCAAUAACUGCAACAAGCCUGGCUACAACACCGAGACACUCGACGACAACACUGAUUUCAUCCACAGCCACUCAAUCUACAACAAUGGCGACUCCGCCUAUUCCAACGACCCAUCCUACCACAACUUUUCCCACAACUACAAUGACACAACCUCCUACAACGACGGCACACACUACGGCAACACAGCCUGCAACAACAACUACAGUACCUACUGAGGCAACACAGCCUACAACAAUAUCAACAACUACUACUACUACUACUACUAUUACUUCUAAUACUACUACAUUACCUACUACGACAACACAGCCUGCAACAACAAAAGUACCUACUACAACAACACAGUCUACAACAACGCUACCACCUACUACAACAGCAAAUCCAACUACAACAACGAUCUCCACCACAACAACACAGCCUACCACAACGACAAUCUCAACCGUUGACAUUCUGAGUAGCAAGAUAUUUGUCACCGAUGAUGGCCACAGUGAAAUAUUUUGGUCUGAUCUGUCAAGUAUGACCUUCACUUUGUUACCUGUCAACCCAGGAUCUGAUCCGUGGGCUAUCACGUAUGAUCACACUGAUAAUAAAGUUUACUGGACAGAGACUGGAGACGAUCUUAUUUAUAGUGCUCAUGUGAAUGGAACAAGCAAAGAAAGUAUUACUGGUUUUUCUUACAGUGCUCCUGUAGACAUAGCUAUUGCUGAUACUGCAAGGAGGAUUUAUUGUGCAUUCCGGGAUGAAUCUGAAAUAAGAUCAAUCUUACUUCAUGGGACUGAAGAGAUUGCAGAGGUUACGAGUGAUAUUGACAAACCACGAGCAUUAGUAGUCUUCGAGUCGACAGGACACCUAUACUGGUCCCACACCAGAAAAAUAGAACGGAUAAAUCUAGAUCGAUCAGGAAGAACUAUGCUGUUUGAAGAUGAAGCGUACGACAAAAUAGUUGGAUUAGACGUGAGUCUUUCAGAUAACCGUAUUUACUUCGCUGACGAAGGAGAAAAAGAACUCGUCUAUACUGAUCUGGAUGGCAACAACAUGCAGGUAGUUCAGGGUGUAUCUGAUAACUACCUUCCACAAGAUAUGAUGUUACAUAAUGGGAUGAUAUAUUUUACUGAUAAAAAUAUCAAAGGGAUCGUCAUCUCCGAUAAUUUCACCGAAUCUUCUCCAACCUUUCAUGAGUACCCCGAUGAUAACGUGUUUUCGAGUCCUCGAAAGAUGCACAUCACAACAGUUCCUUAAAGGGAUGGUCCGGGCUGAAAGUAUGUAUAGCUAAAUAAAUAGAGUAGAAUUCACUGAGCGAAAUGCCGAAAAUUUCAUCAAAAUCGGAUAACAAAUAACAAAGUUAUUGAAUUUUAAAGUUUAGCAAUAUUUUGUGAAAACAGUCGUCAUGAAUAUCCAUU